AUGGCCGACCAAACGCCACAGCCUGAAGCUGGGACCCCACACAACGACGACGACACUAAUUCAGACAGCAGUUCUUCAUUUGAAAGCUCAUUGGCCUCUGUACGGUCUAGUAUCCUCGACUAUCGCCGUGAAAACGGUCGCACAUACCAUCGGCUCAGCGACGGGAAAUACGUUCUCCCUAAUGAUGAGAGGGAACAAGAUCGAUUAGACUUGACGCACAACCUAUGGUUGGCGACUUGGGACAACAAUCUUUGCAAUUGUCCCAAGAAAAAUGGCGCCAGAAGAGUUCUUGAUAUAGGUACUGGCACAGGGGUCUGGGCGCUGGAUUAUGCGGAUGAUCAUCCUGAGGCUACCGUCAUUGGCGUGGACUUGAGCCCAAUACAGCCUGGCUUUGUACCGCCCAAUUGCAGUUUUGAAGUCGAUGACAUCGAGAAGGAAUGGACGUGGUCAGAGGAAUUCGACUUCAUCUUCUUUCGAUCCAUGAUCUCAAGCUUCGCUAGUUGGCCUGAUAUGAUAGCUAAAGCCUACGACAAUCUCGAACCAGGCGGGUACAUAGAGAUACAGGACAACAUGUUUCCUCUGAAAUGUGACGACGGCACUAUGCCGGACGACUUUAAGCCCUUGAAGUGGUCCAAGCUACUUAUGGAGGCGACCGACAAGAUCCAACGGCCGAUCACUAUUGCCGCGACCUUCAAGCAGCUGGUUGAGGACGCAGGGUUUGUCGAUGUUGUGGAGAAAAGAGAGAAGUGGCCCUUCAACCCUUGGCCAAAGGAUGAGAAACUGAAGGACUUGGGCUCGUGGAGUCAAGCUUCUACCAUGAUGGGUGUCGAAGCCAUAUCCAUGGCUGUUUUCACUCGCGUCCUCGAUUGGAGCCCAGAAGAAACGAGUGUUUUCUGCGCCGAAGUAAGAAACGAACACAAGAAGAUUGGCGUUCAUGCAUACUACGAUGUAUACUCUGUCUGGGGCCGGAAACCUGAAGCCAAAGAAGAGGAGAAUCAGCUCAGUGCUUCUUAG